GGCUGUUUCCUUGCUUUUUCAUCGCUAUGAUGGGGUCUAUCAAAUUUGUAAUGAUAAUGGCGGGCACGCUAUUAUUGGCCACAAACGUAUUGUCUGGGUCAAGCUCUGAGAGAAAGAAAUAUACAUGUACUGACAAGCAGUAUGUCAUUGUCAAUAAUACCAAAUUUAGAUGUUUAGAUUGUAUUCCUUGUGGCCUAGGGAAGGAACUUGUUGUCCCAUGUGAUAGCAUUAUUGGCCCUUAUGUUUCAACUGGAGAUUGUAAACCAUGUGAGCCAGGAUUUUACCAUGACAGAAAAGAUACGAAACAGUGUAAAAAAUGUGAACGUUUUAAGUGUUUUGAAAAUCAAGUGGGGGAGGGAGAAUGCCCCAGUCAAGAAAAUCGGGAUGAAUCGUAUUGUGCUAACAAAUGCAAAAAUGGUUACAACAUGAAUGAAAAUGGCACAAAGUGUGAGCUGGCAAACAAUUCACAAACAAUUAAUGCGACAGAUACACACAACGACACAACAAUGCCAAUCCUAAAGUCUACACCAUACCUCAUAAAACCUAAAGAACAGCCCACAACAAACUCAACAUCUGUAAUAAAUGAUAAUCACUCUGCUGCUAUAUUGCCUGUGAAGUUGAUCAUUGUUGUUGUGGUUUUGCCUUUGGUGGUUCUGAUCUUAAUUAUUGUCUUUGUGUGGAAGCGCAAUUCAAUUAAAGAGUUGUUUAAAAGACUUAGAGAAAAGUUUUGCAACGAGCAAAAUAACGGGAGCAGAAACGAAUAUGAGAUAGAAACGAAGAUUGCUGGAAAUGAAGUCGGAAAAGUGACGAAGAGAGAAAGAAAGAUGAAUCUAUGAAAAUUCUUGAGCAAGCAAAGAAACAAAGUGACGGGGGCAGUGAGAUAGAAACGAAUGAAUUGCUGGGAAAUGAAGUCGAAAGACAAGAAAAGAAGAAUGACGUAGAGAGAAAGAAAGAUGGAGCUGUAAAAAUUCCUAAGCAAGAGGAAGGAAAAACCCAUCCUCCCAAACAAGAAACAUUUUCUGGAUUAAAGGAAAGUACCAGUGUCAUUGAAGCUGAAUGUGAUACGAACACCAGCACACAUCCACCUGUAAUGCAGCCGAUGAACACCAACCCAGGUCCAGGAGAAUCAAAAAUGCAGAAUUCACCACAGCUCAGUGUGAACCUCUCAGUCACUGCAGCCGUCACUGUGAAUGGAGUCUAAAUUCAGUGUGUACUAUGCGAGGCUUAGUCUUAGAUUUGUCAAUGAAGGUUGAAACAUUCGAACGUCACGUCUUAACCUCCUGCUGUAGUCCUGGGUUCCUGGCCAAGCAAGAGACAGGGUGUCUAAAAGAAAACGAAAUCGCUAUAUAAUGAUUCUAACGAUUUAAUUUCCAGAGGAGUUAUUUAGCCUUUUAGCCAAUCUUUUUCACUAUGUUAUCGCGGCUAGGCGAGGUGAAAACUGCAUAUAAUGAAAGACUAAUCAAGUUAAGCCUUUGAUGUGAUGCACUUUUUACCUCGUUUAGCCGGUGUCCUAGGAAAUUUGGUCCCCCUCUAAAAAACAUAGUUUACCUUACCAUUUUAGAGCUAGAGAACCGUUAAGUGUAUAAAAGUUUUAAGUGUAUAAAAGUCUAUCUAGCUGUACUCUUGUUUGAGUUACAACUUACAAACAACACUGACGGAUUUUGUAUGGUGCAUGUUUUCGUGUUUGCCGAUUGUUUUUAACGUUUUUAACUUUUAUGCAAAUUUGUAUUAAUUACUCCCUAAAUGUUAGCCGCAUGCACAUAUUAACACUUUCACCAACGCAUGUUAUCAUCGCUUGCUAAUAAUGUGUGGUUGUUAUUCUGACCGGCGAAUUUUAUACUAGGUUCAGAA